AUGGGUCUCUGCCUCAGCAAGAAGCAGCACCGGCGGCAGGAAGAGCAGCCGCCCAAUGCGGCCAAGAAGAACAGUGGGAGCAGCAAGCGGGGCACCGGCAAGGACGGCGCCGCGCUAGUCCCGGAGGCCAAGAAGGCACCGCAGCCGAAGCCGGCGCCGUCCAGGAAGGCUACACCACCCAAGGCGGAGGAGCCGGCGGCGGACAAGCGCACGGUCUUUGUCGUCAAGGCUGCCGCCGCCGCCGCGGCUGCCGAGGUGGCCGCGGAGAGCGACGGGGCGAACUCGAGGAGGGCGUCUGCGCCGGCACCGGCGGAGGAGGCGAAGCCGGCGGUUGUCGUGAGCAGGGUGCCGGUGCGGACCUCGAGCUGCACCAAGGAGGAGGUGGACGCGAUACUCAUCCAGUGCGGCCGCCUCAGCCGGAGCUCGUCGGCGUCCGGGAAGACCGCCGCCUCGGGCGACAGCGGGCACCAGCGGAGGUACUCCGGAUCCAAGAGGAGCUACGACUUCGACCGGGACAGGAGAGGCGGGGGCGCCGACGACGAGCUCGACUGGGAGAGGCACGGCGGCGGUGGCGCGUCCAGGCCCUCGCCGCGCAGGAGGACGCCCGAGCGAAAGCGGUCGGCCAGCCACGACGGUCGCAGCGCUGCCGGAAGCGGGAGCAGGCGGGUGAGCCGGUCGCCGGGUCGGCGCGGCGACGGGGCGGCCGCGGCGGCGGCGACCUCCGUCGGGGCCGCGAGGCAACCCGGGAAGAUGGUUUCCGUCCCUGCCCGCGAGAAAGGGCGCGCGCCGUCGCCGGGGAAGGCUGCGCCGGAGAAAGGGCGCGCGCCAUCGCCGGUGAAGUCUGCGGCGUCUGGGAAGAGGUACGCGUCGCCAACCCUGAGGUCCAACUCCCCGGCGAGGGCCGCGGCCGUCGCGAACGAGAAUGCCGCGGCGCAAGCGACGCACGGGCCGUCGCUGAGCCGGAGCUCGUCCAGGAAGGCCGAUCACUCGCCGUACCGUCGCAACCCCAUGUCGGAGCUCGACGAGAACGCUCUAGUCAACAACCACAACACGGCCAACCACGGCAACAAAUCUCAAAAGAAACCCAUUGAGAGUGUCGCCGCCGUGUCGCACAAGUUGGGGAUUACGAAGGACAGGCCGGAGAUCGUGGAGGAGGCCGUGGCGUCGGACACGAAGGCACCUUCAUCGAGGAUGAACGCGACGCACACGAUGAGCAUCGUGGCCGAGAGCGUCGUCAACCCGAGGGACGGCCCCGGUGGGCGGUCGUGGAGGCGGUCCUCGCGCGACUUCGACCUGGAUGGCGCCAUGGCGUCGGACAACAGAGCGCCGUCUUCCAGGAUCAACGCCACGCACUCGGUGAACAUUGUGGCCGAGAGCGUCGCCAACCCAAAGGCUGGGUCGGUGGGCCGGUCGUCGAGGCGGUCGUCUCGCGACUUCGACCACAACGGUAUCAACUCUGUCGCCUUCCUGAAUGAGGCCAUGGCGUCAGAAGCCAAGGCGCCGUCGUCCAGGAUGAACGCGACGCACACGGUGAGCAUCGUAGCCGAGAGCGUCGCCAACCCGAAGACAGGCCGGUCGUCGAGGCGGUCAUCUCGCGACUUCGACCACAACGGCAACUCUUACGCCUCGCUGCUCCUCGAGGACAUCCAGAGCUAUCACCAGCAGAACACCAGCGACACCACCGCCGCACCGGCGCCGGCUUUCUCGCUCCCGGCGUGCGUGUCCAAAGCUUGCUCCAUUCUUGAAGCGGUCGCCGACCUCAACUCCUCACCGUCGGAUAACAGGAGCUUCGAGCUGGAACGGUCGGCCGACGACAAGGGGUCGGUCAACAUGAGCUACGGCGGGAGGACGCCGGCGGCUGACACGCACGUCGUCGAGUCGGAGGUCGUUGUCAAGGACGACCUGAUGGAGCCGAGCCUGCACAAGUACGUGUCCGUCCGGGACAUCCGCGGAGAGAUCGAGCCACUGGAGUCCGCCGGGAGCAACAGCUUCGCCGGCAACCCGUGGACGUGCUCGUGGGAGCCCAAUUCCGUCGAUUCCACCGCCAGGACGUGGACUUCCUCGCAGUCCAAUGGCGACGACGAUGAUGUCGAGCAGCACAACAGCGGCGCGGCCAGUGCGCUGGACCAAUCUUGGCAGAGCAAGCAGCAGACCGGUGGUCAUCCGCAGGUGGGUUCUGGCAGAUAUGCUCAGGUCGGAGGCAGCGUCUUGAGCACACGAUCAGAUGUUCGUACUAUCUCAGCCAGCUCAUCUAUUGCUUAG